AUAAUCGAGGACUAGAGUAGAGAUAUAAAGUGCAUGCCUCCUACAGUACGGUAAGCAAUGAUUGAAGUGUCAUCGAUCAAUUUGGAAUAUGCUGAAUAAGUGCAGGGAUUCCUGUCCGGCAUUCCAUUUGUGAAGCCAUUUACUGAUUUAGUUCUCAAUGUUUACCUUUCUCUGGUUGGGAGUUUCAUCACUACCUUCACAGACUAUGGUUGUGCAGUACAAAUUUUCGAAUGGAAAAGAAUGCUGGGACUAGCUGGGAAGAUUCAAGGACACCCCACACCCUAUUUGAUAGUACCUCAUCAUCAAGUCCACAUUGACAUUUAGGACAUCCAGUGUUGUCAAUAAUGGACCAGUUACAGCCACUCUGGGUUUGUUGAUUAUAAACAAAUUCUUUGUCCCCAGUUGUGAAUGAUACGUUUCAACAGGAUUAAUACGAACUUCAAGAACAUUACUGACACUUUCUAAAAGGAUACGGAUUCAACUAACGUCUACAAGUUUAAAGUUUCAUCCCAAGUGUAAACAGGAUUUCUCUGACGACAUAUUGUUGUGCUAAGGCUGCCUUUCGGAAUUCCAACAGUAUAAAGCCCUUCUCUCAACUAACACUUCCUCCAGAACAUGCCCUAAAAACUGAGUGAUAAACACAUCCAGAUCUGACUACUACCACUAUACCAGCAGCAAUUCAAUAACACUAACAGGUUCAUCCUCAACAUGGCUUCCGCAACAUCAAAUUCAAAUCAAGACAAACGUAAAGCAGAAGAGGUCGACAAAGUCGGAUAUAUCCACAAUGUAUCCCCUAUGAAACGUAGCAGAACCAAUCAUGACUACUUUAACUCCACGUUGCAAAUAGGACCAAAUGCAUAUACAAACAUCUUAGGAUUCAACAAGAAACAUCUAGCCCAACUGAAAGAAGCAGCACAACACAAAAGCCCAGUUAAAAUAAACAAGGCUGCACUCGUACCUAAUUUGAAAGAGAGCAACAAAAUGGAUAUAAAGAUACAGUAUCCAACACAGAUUUCAACUCACCCAACGGCGCUGUCAUUCAAGUAUAAACAACCACAGGAAGAAAAGUCACUCACCAUGCCAACCAUCAAAGAUAUCAAAACCCAUCAAGCAACUGAACGACAGAAGCUCAAUGUCACAGGCCGAAUUACAAAGGUUCUGGAAGAAGAAUCCAUACAGUCAGUGUUUGGCACGGACCUCGCAAAGAAAGUAUUUGCCCUUGCCGAUGAAGAAGAAACCAUCGCCAUCGCUCUGUAUAGUACCUUGAUACCUACAGUCGAAUUGGACAAAACGUACUCUUUCAAAAAUGUAUCUAUCCGCCAGAACAACGACACAAAGACCCUCACCACAACACCAACAACUGAAAUAACGCCAGCUGAUGAUAUCAUUGCUUGUGACAAACUUCCAAAGUGUGAAAAUGUUUCACAUCUCCUGCUGGCAACUUGUCAACAAAUUGAAGUCUCCAGUUCAAAAUCCUGCAGCAGUUGUAAAAAGAAUUUACCAAACCCGAACAUCCUGCAAGCUAAAACAUUCAAAUGCCCCAACUGUAACAUGCGACAAAUCACUGAACUUGUCACAAAUCAUAUUAAAGCCAAGAUGAACAUCAAAGACAAUGGCAACAUUUAUCGCUUAACUGCCUUCUCAGAUCUAUUAACUAACUUCCUCAAAGCCAACUUCAUCAACCUGGAUUCAAUAGAAGAUAUGGAAGUUUUCUUCCUAGAGUUGCCACCUUUUCAUUUAUCAUACAACUCCGCUACCAUGGCUGUAACAUACAUGGCCACUCAUUAACACUUGAACAAGACAAACGUCCAGUUCUGUUCUGAGUUCAUACUUCAUAUGCCCCUAUCUGUACAUUUGCUAAAGAACGUACAUGUAUGCUCAGUUCAUCAACCUAUCAUAGUUAUCUUAAAGUUACAUGUUAUUAUUUCAUUUCAUUGUGAUCUGUGAUUGAUUUGACUUGUGCAAUUUGUUACAUUUCUUCAAUAUCGAACUGUAAUAGAGGUUUCCCACAUGACAUUUGACAAACACCUCCCAGUGCAUUUCCUCUACGACCAUAUCGUAACAACAUAAUAGAAUACUAGUAUGCAUUUGCAGGUCACCCUCUGAUGACAGUGGGAUUUCUCUAUAUCAUUGUUAUCUUAAAGUCACAUUUUUGGCUCACCGUAGGGGAGUCGAUACAAUAGCGCUGUGUCUGUCGUCGUCGUCCAUCGUAUCCUGUGCUCUGUUUUAUUUCAUUUUGUUGAAUCUGUAAUUCUAUAUCUAAUUCUAUAUGUAAUUCAAAUGUGAUUCACACGAAUCAAAACUAUAUCAGGUGGCACACAAAAAACAAGUACACAAUAUAUUUUGUUAUCAGUCAAAAAGUCUCCAUCGCAUUGUAAUGCAAUUUCUUGCACAUUUUUUUUGUUUGACAUCUUUCACAUCUUCUGAUAAGAGUUUCAAUGAAACAUCUGAAAUGUUUUAGAAGUAAUAGGCAUUUGAAAAAUUGGACAGAAAAGUGUAAUGCCAGACCUUCAAUAACCACAAAAACAAAUUUCUGGCUAUAACUGCCAUAAUAUUGCUGGUAUGAUUAUGAUUUUCAUGUCAAAGUAUACGUUGUCGUGACCAAGAAAUCAUUUAAACUUGGUUUAGGAGUUGUUACACCAUUGCAUCAUGGGAAUUGCUUCUGGUUUUUUAGGCCAAUUCACAGCCAUCUUUGAUUUCCCAUAAUGCGAUUGUGGUGCAACUCCGAAACCAGGCUUAAAUGAUACCUUGACCCAAAAAACCUAUAUUUCGACACUAAAAUAGUUAUCCUAUCUGGAAUAUUAUGGAAGUUAUAGCUAAAAAAUAUGUUUUAUGAAUCACCCUACAUGUCAUAGGCCUGGCAUUUUCAUAUCAUACCUCAAUUUUUCAAAUGCUAGUAACUUCUAAAAUAUUUUAAGUUUUUCAUUGAAAUUUCAUAGUAAGGCGAGAAAGAAGUCAAAUAAUUGUGAAAUGGCAUUUCAGCAUGAUAAAUAUUUCCAUACUUAUAAUGAAAACGUUUGUGGACUCAUUUUUUUCUGCACCACCCGAUAUAUAUACUUUGAAAAUGAUUCCAAUCACCUGCUGGUCAGGACAAUUUGAUACCAAUAAAAAAACAUCUCAUUUUUCAA